AUGUUUGUCUCGAUCGGGCGACGGCCCCAUUGGGUGGACGGACGGAGUCGACGGACGGGCUUGAGGCCGGGUGACGAAGCAACAUUUGGAAGCAGCCGGGGGGCCCAACGGGGCGCAAUUGCAGGAGCUGGACGUUGCAAAUGGACCGUCGCCUGGUUAGGAGCCCGGCCGGCCUCGCGGCGUUGGGGUGCAGACUAA